UCCCUCUCCCUCCCUCCCCUCUUUCUCUAACUCUCUCGCUGAAGUGGGAAAGGUGGUAUCGGUGCACUCAAAGGCAUGCAGAAUCUGGUCAAGACGUGUAAUAAAGAGACUGGUCGGAAGCCAUCGGUCGUUGUCACUCAUAAAGAUCAGAUGACUAAGGAUCAGAUUGAGAAGAUCAAGUCUCAGCUGGAGAAAGAGCAUGGGAUCGGCAGAGAAAGAGUGUUCGUCAUCCGAAACAAAACUGAUAUUGAUACCUGUCUUGAAGCUGGCUCAAAAUCACGUCUUCUCGAUUUCCUUGAACGCUGUAUUGCUGAUGGUAAAGCCGGAUGUAGCUUCCAUAACCAGAAAGAAAAGAGACACGAGAUCCGAGUAGAGUAUAAGAAGAAGGUCGAUGCGCAUAAGGCCGCAGCAAAAAAGAAGAGAAAUGCCGAAGCGAUAGAAGUAGCUGCGCAAGAAUUAGAGCUCGUGCGAUCCGUACAAGAGAAACUAAACCUUGAAAUAGCGACAAAUAAAGAAAAAGCGUUGGUCGAUAUAGAGGAAGCUGUGAAAAAUGAUGAGCGAAAGCAUUUGCAGAAUAUGCAAAAGGAGGAACAAAAAAAUUAUGCGGCGUUACAAAAGCUUGAGAAAGAAAAUGAGCUCAAGCUCAUGAAGCAUGCUGCCGAAAUGGAAGCGCAAGAAAUUGCCAAAGUGGUUGAGAGAUUAGCUAAAAAGGGCGGACCGUUCAUGCAUGUACAAAUGAAAAGAAAAUGAGAACAUUUCCCUAAAAUCUGUGGUCUUGCAAAGAACAUAAAGUUACCUACAAUCUCUUGUUUCAUUCUUCUUGUUCUCUUUUCCUCAAAAGGUUUGAUGUUUUGGGGAAACGAAUUAUCGAGGAAUGCUAUUAUUUUAUGGUCAUUUUUAAGUACUUGCACGAGAAAGUUAGUGCCUAUUUUUGCAAAUGAAUGACAACUUCCCCAAUGUAUUUUUGUUUUGUUUUUGGAGGAAAAGUGCAUUGAAAUCAAUUGUGUACCUGAAAAACUUAUUAGAAAAUGGGUCCCAUGGAUUUCUAAAUAAGAAAUUGAUACCCUUGACAAUUUCCUUUUUCCUCCUCUUUAUCAUAUCUGCUUGAUUCAUGUCAUUUUCAAUCACCCCUACAGACGCAAAGCUAGAUUGGAUAUAAAUCCUUUUCAAUGCAUUAUUAUGAUGCUUUUGAGUUAAUCCAUGAAGCUGUGCAUAUUCGCUUUUUGUUUAUUUUCAACUAAGAUAUUAUGGUAAUUAGCCUUAUGUUUCUUAUAUGAGGAAAACCAUAACAAGUUCGGAAAAUAUAAAAGUGAGUAAUUUUGUUCUGUGUGAAAACACGAGCAUGCAUUUAAAUGAUGGACCUAUCCUUGCUUCUUCGAAAUGAAUUCAUUUCAUUCAAUUUAAUUUCAGUCAAUCCGUAUUGGGACGUGACUUUUCGACUCGCCUUCUGCUCUACUUAUGCCAAUUUAAGCCUGUAUGUUACAAUUGUGUAAGGGGUACAAUAACUGUUUAAGGGUGUAUUGCAUGUAUAGUGAGUUGUUAGUAUUUUUUCAUAAGUAAAGGAACACAAUUGUGAAGAAAAAAAAAAUAUCUGUAUUUAAGAUGAGCAACGCUUUAGAAUAGAUACAAAAUAUUAUUCAUGUAAGACAAUGAAAUUCAAGUUGAUUUUGUUUACUUUGAAAUAUGACAGUAAUAGGCCUACAUGUCUAUGAAUCUUGUCAAUCAAGAAAUUUCCUGUAUGUUUUUUGUAAAAACAUAGCAUGUUUUAUUGGUGGUUGCGAAACCGCCUUGAUUUAAAAAAGGAUUAGCAUAUUUUGCAUGAGAAUUUCGAUUGACAUUCAAAAACCUAAAUCUGUAAUAGACUGGCGAAGGCCUGUUUUUGACGGAGGAAGUUGCGGUAUAAUAAUCAUGUGCCGAAGAACAUUGAGCAAUAUCCUGAAAGUCAGUUCUGAAAUGUGUGAUCCCAGGGUAACAUUCUGGUGAACUUUUAUUUCCUCUAUAAAGAGGAAGUUAAGAUAUCAAAACAUUGUAAAACAAUGGCACGACCGAUUAUUAUUUAAAUUUAAUACAUUUUUUUUUGGAGACAUAUACAUUAUUGAUGGUAGCGACUAGCGAAGGACCUUCAGCCCUCAUCUGUCGUAUUAUUUAAGAAGAAAGAAUUAUAUUAGUAAACACUGUCAACAGCCGUAUAUUAAAGUUUGUUUCGGUAUCAAGAAAUGUUUACUGGUAUGAAAAACGUUGUACACGAAAUUUCUCGCACAGUUUUGUGAAUAAAUUUGAUUUGUUAA